UUUGUCCAAUCAGAUGCGAGAGAAACGAAGUCUUCCUGUUCUCUUCUUUCCCUAACAACAAUGCGGUUCCGUUUCUGUGGAGAUUUGGAUUGCCCUGACUGGGUACUUGCCGAAAUUAGUACAUUAGCAAAAAUUUCAAGUGUCAAGAUGAAACUCCUUUGUGCUCAAGUGUUGAAGGAUUUGCUCGGGGAGGGUAUUGAUUUUGACAAAAUUGCCAAACUGACAGCAGAUGCAAAGUUUGAGAGUGGAGACAUCAAAGCGAGUGUGGCAGUGCUCAGCUUCAUUUUGUCCAGUGCAGCAAAGCAUGACGUUGACAGUGAAUCUCUGUCAAGUGAGCUGCAGCAGCUUGGCCUCCCUAAAGAACACACUACAGGGCUGUGCAAAUCAUACGAAGACAAGCACUCUGCACUUCAAGACAAACUCAGAGAGACCAGCCUGAGGUUGGGACGACUGGACUCUGUGUCUUGGCGUGUUGACUAUACGCUGAGCUCCAGUGAGCUGAAGGAGGUCAACGAACCUUUGAUACAGCUAAAACUGCAAACACAAGGAGCAGAGUCAGGCUCCACAGAGACAACUGUUGUCUCUGUUUCUGCUGACAAGUUCAGAGUCUUGCUUGCUGAGCUCAAACAAGCCCAGGCCAUGAUGAAUGCACUACAAUGAUGAACCAGAAGCUGGACAAAUUGUG